CAAUUCCCUGUACGACCAGCAUUUGCAAUGAUCAUCCACAAGAGUCAAGGAAAAUCACUGGGCUAUGUAGGUGUGUAUCUGAAAGAUCAAGUGUUUGCCCAUGGACAACUGUAUGUAGCUCUCUCACGAUCAAGUGAUCCGUCAACUCUUCGAGUGGCAGCCCCACAACCAGUUCGCAAUUCUCAACCACAAACUGCCAAAUUGUAUAUCGCGACGUCCUUCUAUAGUUUUUUUCUUUUU